CCAGGGGAGGUGAGCCAGCCCAUCCCCGAGGCUUUGUGCCCAUGGUGCCCUGCCGCAGGGCUGUGGCGCCUGCUGCCCCCAUCCCCCUGGCUCCUGGGCACCUCCUGCGACCCGUCCUGCAGCAGCAUGAGCUGGCCCUGAGCGGCCGCAGCUUCGCUGGGUUGCCCGGGAGGAAGCCUCCCCGGCGGCCCCAUUGCCUGGUUCUCCUUUCUCCCCAGCCGUGGGCACAGGCACCUCCCUGGUGCUCUCCUCGCUGCUGUCGCUGCUGCUUUUCGCCGGGAUGCAGAUGUACAGCAAGCAGCUGGCCUCCACCGAGUGGCUGACCAUCCAGGGCGGGCUGCUGGGAUCCGCGCUCUUCAUCUUCUCCCUCACAGCCUUCAACAACCUGGAGAGCUUGGUCUUCGGCAAAGGAUUCCAAGCCAAAAUAUUCCCGGAGAUUCUCCUCUGUCUUCUACUUGCGCUCUUUGCAUCAGGCCUGAUCCACAGAGUGUGCGUGACCACCUGCUUCAUCUUCUCCAUGAUCGGCCUCUACUACAUCAACAAGAUUUCCUCCACGCUCUACCAGUCCACAGCGAGCGGCUACCGCGUGGCCACCUUCAAUGACUGCGAGGCUGCGGCCCGGGAGCUGCAGGCGCAGAUCAGCGAGGCCAGAGCGGACCUGAGCCGGCGAGGGCUGAAGUUGUGA